AUUAAGUGUGUUCUUUUAGGGAGACUGGUUAAAAUUCUGGAACGCGGAAACAGAAUCCUUAUCAUACACUACUAGUACUGUAAGACGUUAAAUCGAUAAUCAAACAAAAACGUAUGUUUGAAAACAGUAGAAUGCCGCUGACUUAUGGGGUGAAAAUGGAGCUCGUUAUGGGUCUACUUCUCUGUAUAACGCCCUUUUCCCAAGCCUCAAGCACUCCUAUAGGAUCGUCAGAUACAACAUUAUCAACCACAACACUCAACGAAACAACAAACACUGCAACAACCCCAGAACUCAAAACUGACACAAUUGAACAAACAUCAAAAACAGGAACAAGUGAAACAGACACAACAGAAGCAGUAACAACGACCACGAUGUCAGUUUCGAAUCAGUCGACGUUCCCAUACACACUAACAAUGCAUAUCCCAACAACACAAGUACCAAGCAACAUAACUAGUCCAACACGACCACCAUCAUCAUCGGAAGAAACAAUGACAAACGCUCAUUCUACAUCGCCAAAUUCAUCACAAGGAACGUCAACAGCAGAAACAUUGUCAUCUGUUAUGCAGAACAGAACUCUGGAGUCAACAACCAUAGCCAAGGUGACAACAAAGGACAACACAACUGAUGCAACAACAACAGAUCAAUCAACCAAUCAAUCUAUUAUCAUAGAUAUGCACUCUUCAUCAGAGCCGACUACCGUGACAGGUCACCUUCCUCAACAUUCCACUUCUCCACAUCCCUCCACAUCCACAAACAUCCACUCCAACAUAGAGCUUAAUCCCAACUCUCUAUCAUACCCCCAGGAAGCCUUAGACAGGUCACAAGGAUACUUUACUUUCUGUCUGACGCUUCAAGAGAAUUCUAAUGUAACCAGAAACAGAACGUUGACAGUGUCCGACGAACAAAAAAUUGUACAGACGUUAUUCAGAUGUUCGGAGGAAACAAGUUUGGCUAUGAACUGUGACAUAAAACUUGUUGAGGUCGUCAAGCUGUUCAACCAGAAAGGAUUCAACACAACAUAUCGAAUACGUUUAGACGGUCUUCGAGACAGAAACCUAAGUCUAAAAGCUUUUUAUGAAACCUUUACCAAUGGGACAGACCUCUCUAUUCCUAACCUGAAUUUGACGAUCAGUAGGGAGUCCAUUGUGACGUCAUUUGAGAAAUAUAUCCGUGGUAGAGACGAAUGUGAUGCUGUUGGUGUUCGAUGCCCCCGCGGAUACCAGUGUCACGUGUUGUCCAGUGAUCACUAUAACGGGACCUGUGUACAUCUUUGUGAUGUACGGAAACCCUGUGGAGAACACGGGGUCUGUUUCUACGAUUCAUUCGAUGUAAAGAACACGUCAUGCAGGUGUCGCUCCACGUGGCUGACAUUGUACUAUGGAGACAGCUGUACGGAACAGACCGGGAAAUUUGAAUAUGUGGUAGGAUUCUCCUUAGGAUCAGCGGCGCUGGUGGUUGUCAUGGUAACAGUCAUAGCUGUUCUUUGUCGCAGAAGAACUCCCGAUGGUAGUAGAAACUUUCUGUAUGGAGAGAAAUCAGUAGCAGAGUCUGAAUUCCCGUCACGGUCUGGUGGAGUAGAGGUCAUGGACAUCAAACACCGCAAAUCCACAAAAUUCACUCCAAAUGUUUCGGUAUAUAAAGAAAAUGUCAGAGACAUAAAGAAAGACGAUCUUCAAACGCCAAUAGAGUCUACAUUAUCUGACGUCAUAAGGACUGCAGACCUAGGGGGUGAUUCUGCUGUUGUGACCAGCGAUCAAAGUCACGUGCCAUCAACAUUAUCCAUGGAAUUCCGCCCUCCACACAUAGGGAAUCCGUCCAUUGAAAGUGAAGCUUCAAAUUCCGGUGUUUACAACAGUGUUUCAAAACCGACAGAGCGAAACCCCACUCCUGCUGCACCCAAUCAGCCCCACAAGACUUCUAGCAAAACACACAGAGAGAAAUUUGAAUCGAAAGAGAAGGUUGUUUUUCAGAUCCCAUUGUCUUCUACUAAACAAGGCAAAGAAAACAGGAGUAUUGAGAAACAUGCAUCUUUUUUGUAUGGAGCAACGUAAAGAAGACGAAUUACCGAGUAUAUACAUGUAUCGCAAUUCAUUUUGUAACCAGAAUGUGUGGAGACAGAUCAUAUUGAUGUUCUUAAGAUGCAUAUUCAUGUCGUGCUGCAAUUUCACUUUAUUCUUAUUUUGUAGACACCUACACAAUUGUGUACAGGUUAAAUAUCUAUUUUCAAUCUAUUUACAUCAAAACAGUAGAAAUAUUCAUACCAUUAUCGUUGAUAUUUUUGUUGAAAGACAUGAUGACCGAUCCCAUCUUGAAAUUUAAUGCACUUGCGUGUAGUUUACAAUAUCUAACGGAACAAGUUUUUAUUCUAUCUAAAUAAAAAUAGAAUAGUACUUGUAAUAAGUAAAUAAAAUUCCCUGUAAGCGCUAAUGGUGAAUAUGAAAAAUGCAUGUAGAUUUCUGUAGGUCACUUUCCCCGUGGCCGAGUGGUUAGAGCACGGCGCUCAAAAUCACACGGCCUCUCACCUUUGUCGGUGCGGGUUCGAAUCCCGCUCGCGCCGGUAAGUGAGAAAGUUUCCCAGUUUACUUUCGGAAGGUCGGUGGUCUCUUCCCAAGUACAUUGUAUCUGGGUUCUCUCUUCCACCAAUAAAAACUGGGCGCCACCAUAUAGCUGAAAAAUUGUUGAGUGUGGCGGAAAACAUCAAUCAAUCAAUCAAUUCAUCUCGCAAGAAUAAUUUUCGGGUGGAUAUACAUGUAAUUAUGUAUUUAUUCACGCAACAGAGCUUUUGCGAAUUCUUAUGUAUUGCUUCAGUCUUCUAUAUGUAAGGGUUUAUUCGCGAAAACUAAAUUUUCGCGAAUAGCUUGUAAACAAUGUCCUCUAAUAAAAUGUGAUUUAUAACAACAUGCUGUGUCAUGUCAAA